CGUCUUACUCCGCACUCUCCCCAUCAGCCGUCCCACCCAGCCUACCUCAUCCAUCCCACCCAGCCUACCUCAUCCAUCCGUCCAUCUAUUCUAAGGAUCCACACGACAAAACAAUAUACACGAUGCCACGAGACACGACGGAGGACAAAACACAGAGCAAAAGCAUGGGAAAGGAGAAGCGAAAACCCGUCCAUCGCGACCCCGAAAAGAGGCGAUACCAUGAGUCCGGCUUGGAUUUCUCCAAAGAUAGAUCGGGGAAGAUAUGGGGGUGGGAAGAAAUUACUGAUAGAGUGUUCUUUCUAGGUGAGAAGCUCCGUGAGCAAUUAGAGAACCUUGAAAUGCUUGCAGCAUCACUGGCGCAGAGAUCCCCGAUGACGGGCAAAAUCCAAUCCGAGUCGAUACUAGGUGAUGAUGUCUGGGAUGUGUCAAUUUCCAGUUCAUCAAUGACUUCUCCCAAAGACUGCCAACAGCUUCUUCCACAGUCGGACCAUACCGCGUCAGCACUGAAUUUCUGGAACUCUGCGACACAUUUGACAUCCUCAGACAAUACCCUAUCGUCGCCAAACGUCUGGGAUUCUAUACUCAGGGAUUACACAGCACAACCCUCACAUUCAGAUAUCUCCCCAUCAACACUAGCAAUCUCGGACUCCAUGAAACAAUUCCCACCAUCAAAAACUCCCUUGUUGGCACCAAGUGUAUGGGUUCCUCCAACCCACAUGACCACCACCAUCAAAUGCAAUUGCUCAAGCCCACAUUUCAAGGUACAAACACACCGUCCCAGCCCAUACAGCUCUACGGAGGUCAGGAUACUCAGGACUGGACCAGUCACGCCUACACCAGAUCCAUAUGCCAACAAUCUUCGCCUAGACACAAUUUAUACGUUAGCCGCAAUGGAUACUCUCAGGAUGCAUAUUAGCAUUAUAGAGGAGAUGAUGUGUGCUAAGGAAUCUCCCUCGCCAUUCUAUCGGUUGCUUAGGGCAUCAAUAGAUGACUUGGCUAAGGAAAACAUGAUCUGCAUAGUGCAGAGGGUAUUCAUGACACUCAAGCCAGACCUGCGGCUAAGUAUUGAACAAAUUACUGUCGAGCAUCCUCCGUACAUUGAUGUAGACAAGGAUGAAUUUCUCCGCGAUGCUGCCACUGGUUUAGUGUGUUGGGGAAGGGCAGGCGUUGGGAGGAAGGAUCAAGAUGCUUCCAUUGGAUAUGCUUCGACUGCUGGGAAAAAGGAGUGGUUUCUGAAGAAGUACUGGUCUCUGCUAGGUGGUGAAGAGGGAGAACUUGUAUGA